UGAGCGAGUGUCUUCAGACAGCGAGGAGGAAGACGCGGUCAGAAGAGAUUGAGAGAGAGAGCGAGAGAGACUCAGCUACAUUCGCGUCUUCUCCACCACUACCACCUCCUCCUCCGCCUCGUCCACCAUCUCGUCCACCACCUCGUCCACCACGGAUAUACAACUUCAGUUCACCAUCAAUCUUUUUAGAGGGACCAUCGUCCCAAACGACACAUAGCAUAUGAGUAUAUUUAUAUUCCAUUGAGGGCAGUGAUCGGGACGAAUCCCAGCGGCGCUUUGUCGCCGGAAAACAUUCGCGCAUUUACUUUUUGUUGUUUUCAAUUGCACGUGGUUCUAAAAGUCACGCAAACAUCGUAAGAGUAUCUUUUGUUGCUUCACAUACUCGGCUUCACAAGCUACCGCGAAGCGUACCUGUGAGAUUUGAGCAUCUUAACAUCGGCGCGGUGAAGUUGAUUUACUUUCAAUUUCUUACUUAGAUGUUUGAUCUUUUUUUUUUAAUCAGCCGCACAUCUCUUCUGUAGUUGAUCGUUUUUGUUUUGUUAUUCGUUAAAAGUUGCAGGCGCAGUUGGGGUGUGAGUGGAAGGAGGGGUUUGAGGGGGGGGGGCCUCAGUUGUUAGUUUAACUUUACCUGGUGGGGGGCACACACCUGUCAGACCACACCGCCACCACCACCACCCUCUCAAGGUGGUUGUGGUGGUGGUGGUGAUUGUGGUGGUGCAAGUGGCUCUGGAAUACCAUCCUCCUCCUCCUCCCAGCAUCAUCGUCACCUUCGCUUCUCUCCUCCCCAAGUUCCUGCAGAAAUCACCUCGCUUAGUUCAAGAGACGUAUCGAUCUAACUAACUAACUACCGAUUACGACUUUAAUUGUGCUGUUUGUUACUGGCCGCUUGGCCAUCUUUCGACAUUAGGCCUGCGCUCUGCAACUGAGAUAUUUUAUAUAUAUGUGAAGUAGUAGUGGUGGUGGUUCGUGGUGGUAGUGGUUAGUGGUAGUGGUUAGUGGUAGUGGUUGGUGGUUCUGUGCGUGAUCGUCGGGGUAGUGGUUCUGGUAGUCGUUUUAGUCGAGGUGGAUUUCAUUAUGGUUGAUGUAGGAGUAGAGGCUGCGUAGCUAGUCCUUGGUGGUGGUUGUGGUAGUCGAGGGGCAGCAGAGGAAGUGGUUGGUAGUGUCAGUCGAGGUUGUGUGUAACCGGUAGACAGAUGCAGUGGGCUGUAUUAUAAGCAGACGUCGUUGAAGUGCUCGCGAUAGAGCGGUAAUUGUUGUGGUUUGUAAUCAUUGGUGUUGUUAUUGUAGUCGCGAUAAGUGUUGCGGUCGUACUGGUGGUGGCGGGUUGCCGAAGUAAUAGCCAUAGCUGAAGUGGUUGUUGUAGUGGUUGGUAGCUGCAGUGGUGGUGGUAGUAGCGGUAGCUCGUCUCGAGUCACGAUGUUCCGCCCGGGCUCCCUGCUGAUGCCCUACUCCCCAACACUUUUCCCGUCUCCCUUCGCGUCCACCUCGCUCUCGCCCGAGACGGCACAAGCUCUGGGAUUCCUCGUGUCUCCACCACCGCACAUCCACCACCACCACCACCAUCCUCACCACGCACCUCACCACCCACAUCAUCCACACCAUCCACACCAUCAUCACCACCACCAUCAGCAGCAGCAGCUUCAGCAGCAGCAGCAGCAUCCGCUGUGCGCGUACCAAGCAGUACUUGCUGGCUACGUACCGCCUGAGUCGUGUAAACAAGCCCUGUUACUCGCGUCUCAAGCGGCCGGCCUGCAGGGGGUGACGGACUACGACGAGACGAAGCCCACUAAGCAGAGACGGGCCAGGGCGAACUACAGCAGCUGGCAGCUGGAGGAGCUCGAGCGAGCUUUCGCCAGCACGCACUACCCGGACAUCUUCAUGCGCGAGGCCCUGGCGCUCCGUCUCGACCUCAUCGAGGCCAGAGUGCAGGUUUGGUUUCAGAACAGAAGGGCCAAGAUGCGACGCCAGAUGAAGAUGGCUGGGAAGGCAAGCGACUCUGCUACCGGGGCUGGAGGAGGAGGAGGGAGUGAUGGUGGUGGUGAUGGUGGUGAUGAUGAUGAUGGUGGACGAGGUGAUGAUGAAGACCUAGACGGAGGAGGACUUGAAGAUGAAGGAGGAGGAAACGGUAGUUUCCGAGUCAGUGCCUCCAGCCACGACGGUGAUGGUGUUGAUGAUGGCGAUGCCGGAGAUGUUGAUGAUGAUGAUGAUAGUGGUGGUGGGGGUGAUGAUGACGAUGAUGGUGGUGGUGGUGGUGGUGGCGGUGAUGAUCAUGACCUCUCCGAGUCGGCUCGAGGGGACUCGGGAGAAUCGAGUCACGAAGGCAGCGACUCGUCAUCUCCAUCAGCCUCCGUGCGCAUCCAACAUCACCAGAAACAUCAUCAUCAUCAGCAGCAGCGGAAUCAGCAUCAGCACAAUCAUCAUCAUCAACAGCAGGCGCCGACGAUCAGAGAACAGAUGCAGUCCAAGUACGUGUGGCUGGGGAUGAGGCCACGUGUCCACUCGCCUCCCGCGACCCCGCCCGCACGAGCCCCGAGCCUGACCCCGACGGCUCCAGCGGCUCCCCUCGCUCUGGCCCCUUCCUCGGCGCUGACUCCUUCGGCUUCCUCGGCGAUGUCCACGGUGCCGGGGCCGGGGCCCGGUUCGGUGGAGGAGCGCCGCUCGUGCAGCAUCGCGAUCCUCCGCGCCAAGGCGAGGGAGCACGCGGCCGGGAUUCAGCACGCGGCGGCCGCGCUCACGAGCGCCACGCGACUCGCUUGAGCCACAAGCAUCCUCGUCCUCCUCCUCGUCCUCCUCCUCGUCCUCCUCCUCGUCCUCCUUCUCGUCCUCCGCGUCCUCCUC